GCGCGCAUGCGCCGCUCCGCGGGCGGCGGGUCCCGGCGGCCAUGGCGGCGCUACUGGAGUAUGAGAGCCAGAUCUUCCUGGACCUCUUCCACCAGGACGGGCUGGUGAUCUGCGCCCGCGGGCUCGGCAUUGACCGCCUGCUGCUGCGCUUCCUCCGCCUCUACUGCGAGCCCGCCAGCCUGGUGCUGGUGCUGAACACCGGCCCUGCCGAGGAGGAGUAUUUUAUUGAUCAGCUGAGGUCAGAUGGAGUUGUUCAUCUUCCUCGGCGUGUUACCAAUGAAAUUACAAAUAAUACUCGAUAUGAAUUUUACACACAAGGAGGAGUCAUCUUUGCAACUAGUCGAAUCCUUGUGGUAGAUUUCCUUACUGACAGAAUUCCUGCAAACCUCAUUACCGGCAUUUUGGUAUACAAAGCGCACAGAAUCAUUGAGUCCUGUCAGGAAGCAUUUAUCUUGCGACUUUAUCGCCAGAAGAACAAGCAAGGCUUCAUUAAAGCUUUUACAGAUAAUGCAGUUGCAUUUAACACUGGCUUUUGCCAUGUGGAAAGAGUGAUGAGAAAUCUUUUUGUCAGGAAACUUUAUCUGUGGCCAAGAUUUCAUAUAGCAGUGAACUCAUUUUUAGAGAAGCAUAAACCUGAAGUGGUGGAAAUACAUGUGUCAAUGACCCCUGCUAUGCUUGCUAUCCAGACUUCAAUCCUGGACAUUUUGAAUGCAUGUCUGAGAGAACUCAAACGUUAUAAUCCAGCCCUUGAAGUAGAAGAUCUGUCUUUAGAAAAUGCUAUUGGUAAACCUUUUGACAAGACAAUAUGUCACUAUUUGGAUCCUCUCUGGCAUCAGCUUGGAGCAAAGACAAAAUCUUUGGUCCAGGAUUUGAAGAUACUACGUACUUUGCUACUGUAUCUUACGCAGUAUGAUUGUGUCACUUUCCUUAAUCUUCUGGAGUCACUGAAAGCAAGUGAAAAAGCUUUUGGUGAGAAUUCAGGUUGGCUGUUUCUUGACUCCAGUACUUCGAUGUUUAUAAAUGCUCGAGCUAGAGUUUAUCGCAUUGCAGAUGAGAAACUGAAUCAGAAAGGCAAAAUCUCUGAAAAAAGUGAUGUAAAGAAGGAAAAUGGUACUGAUCAUUCCUUCCAUGUGAACUUACCCUCAGACUGUUACUACGGUAUUUUCAAGGACCCACUCACAAUUAUUCAUCCGUUGCAAGGUUGCAGUGAUCCUUACGCGCUCACUCGGGUACUGCAUGAAGUAGAACCAAGAUAUGUUGUAUUAUAUGAUGCAGAACUAACUUUUGUUCGGCAGCUGGAAAUCUACAAAGCAAGCAGGCCUGGGAAGCCUUUGAGGGUGUAUUUCCUCAUAUAUGGGGGCUCAACAGAAGAACAGCGCUAUCUCACAGCUCUGAGAAAAGAGAAAGAGGCCUUCGAAAAACUCAUUCGAGAGAAGGCCGGCAUGGUUAUCCCUGAAGAAAGAGAAGGACGAGAUGAAACAAAUUUAGACCUAAUAAGAGACGCUAAACCUGCCUCUGUUUCUACUGACACACGCAAAGCAGGUGGGCAGGAACAGAAGAGUGUUCAGCAAACUGUAAUAGUGGAUAUGCGGGAAUUUCGUAGUGAGCUUCCGUCACUGAUUCAUCGUCGUGGCAUUGACAUUGAGCCUGUUACUUUAGAAGUUGGAGAUUAUAUUUUAACUCCUGAUAUCUGUGUAGAACGGAAGAGUAUCAGUGAUCUGAUUGGUUCCUUAAAUAAUGGACGACUGUAUACACAAUGCGUUUCUAUGUGCCGUUACUAUAAGCGACCAAUCCUCCUGAUUGAAUUUGAUCCUAAGAAAUCUUUCUCCUUGAUUCCACGAGGCUCUCUACAUCAGGAAAUUUCCAGUAAUGAUGUUACUUCUAAACUAACCCUUCUCACACUCCAUUUCCCAAAGUUACGUAUCUUGUGGUGUCCCUCUCCCCAUGCUACUGCUGAACUGUUUGAGGAGUUAAAACAAAACCAUCCCCAACCUGAUGCAGAAACAGCAAUGGCUGUCACAGCAGAUUCUGAAAUUCUUCCAGAGUCAGACAAGUAUAACCCUGGGCCUCAGGACUUCCUAUUAAAAAUGCCAGGUAUUAAUGCAAAAAACUGCCGUGCCUUAAUGAACCACGUUAAAAGCAUGGCAGAGCUAGUGACCCUGCCAAAGGAUGAACUCUCCAAAAUUUUGGGUAAUGCUGCCAAUGCCACGCAACUCUUUGACUUUAUUCACCUGACCUACGGAGAGGCAGUAUCGAAAGGAAAAAGCAAAAGAUGACUAAUGAGAUUGUUCAACAUAGGGAGGGCAUAGAUAAGCUUUUCUUGCACUGUAUUUUGGCAAAGUACAUGAGAGAUUUUAAUAAAUGCUGUCUAAGAUAACCAGCUGUUUUUGCUAAUGCUGUUCCAUAAGUUGUAACAUUUGAGUUAACUAUUACUGAAGGCAAGUUUCAAGAGGAAUAAAAAAUGGUUUUAAUAGAGAAAUGCAAAACAGCACUUUAGCCAAUUCUAUAAUAUCACUGAAUGAACUAAAUUAAGUUCUUCACUACCAACUUGUAAGAAUUAAGUGCUAAAACCAAUUGAUAAAGGUGUUUUCUUUUGAAAGUUAUCACGUCUUGUUAAAGCUAAAAAUGUACUGUGUUUUGAUUAAUAUGUGUGACCUGCUGCAUGGUGUAUCACUUUGCUUUUGCCAUUUUUAUUGCUCUCUUAGUCUCUGGAAACUGCCAAUUUUCCAUUGACAGUGAUGGAGCUACUUGAAACACAUCAUGGUCUUUUGUCAGGAGUUCAUUUAGGAGGACAUACCUGGACUCAGUCAUGAAUUUUAGAUCAUCAUCAUAAACCUUUGUCCCAGUAAACUGUAACUGUAUGGUAUGUUCUAUGUUAUAUUUGCUUUCUUUACUAGAAGUUAUACUUUAAUUUUUGAUGUUGCAAAGUCAGUACAGCUGUGUCUUGCUAGAUUUUGCAAAGUGCAUUCCUUUGGUCUAGACUGGAUAGAGAUUCUGUGGUGGCACAAUACAACUUAAUUCUCAGCGUGCCUUACUUAUACUUUUAAGAUGCUUAUCUUUUUAAUCAGUUUUGAUAGCUUUUUUACCUCAUUCACUUGAAAGUGAAAAUCUAGGUAUGCCAUUGGGACUUUUCUUUUAUACCAGAGCAUAUUUCCUCAUAAAAUGCAAUAGUUUUUUAAGUAAGGUUUUCCAAAAGUGUUGACAGCUCUUCCAACAUUGUCUUCUUCGUGUGUCCUAUUGCACUUACAUUUUAAUGUCUUAAGUGGACCAUCUGUCAAUAAAUUCACUAAAACUAUUGUCACCUGGAAGAUAAAACUUUUAGCAUUCUGUGUAGCGUAAAACUAUCUUUUGAUAGUCUGUGAAUGUUUAUAUUGUUAAAAACAUAUAUUCUGCACGGAACUGUGAUAUGACAACUACGUAACAACCUGCCAUUGCCAAAAGGGUUCAUCCUGUGUCAUUACAUGCCAGUGUGUUUAUAUUAGCUAUUUACAAAAUAUCUAUAAUGACUUGCAUGUAUGUAUUUAUACGAUUCUAAUGGUAACAACAGAUCAAUAUAAUUUCCAUCAUUAAAGGAGAAAGUAUUGAUCUUCUGUAUUCAGGUUCAGUAAAAACUGUACUGUGCACUUUCAUGUUUAACGUUCACUGUGCAUUUUAAGUGUCAGUGAUGAAUUUGUUAACUUAGAGUGUAGCACUGAGCUGUGACAGAUUUCUAAAGUGAACAUUUUUCUGCAGAUGCAAAUUUCAGUAUUAAAUACAUCCAUAACAAAACGAAAAAUUGUUAAUUAUCUUGUUUCUCCUUUGGCUAGAUUGAUAUCAGAACAUUUUUUGUCUGUGUGCUUCAUAAUCCAGAUCUUAGGGUUUGCCUUGCCCUAUAUUCUAUUUAAUAUAACAGAAAAAGAAGUCUUUCCAUUAAACUUUUGCUUAUUCAAAGCAAUAAGCUUAGAAAUGUGCAGGGUUGAGAAUGCUUGUGAAGUGGUGCUAAGAGAACUGAAAAUCAGAGUAAGAACGUACCUGUCCUGAAUGCAUGCCCUGUAGGGCCCAAUUCAGAAAAGAAGAGCUGAACAACCUUUGAAAACAUGUAUUGUUCGUGCAUUUGCAUCAUGAAGAUGUUACACAAACUGUGGGGUUUUUGUUUGGGUGGAGUUUGAUUUCCCUCCCCACCCCCAAGAUGUGAUGCACAUCUCAGCCUUGUCAGUGUCUUGAGUUUUUUUGCUUAGACUUGUAUGAGGUAAAAUGAAGGGUAUAUGAAGAGGUUACAAAGUUGUAGCUUUGUGCUGUAAGCUAGAUCAAAGUAAAAUAAUGCAAUUAAAUAAUAUUUGCUAAAUAUUUAUAUUGUCUUUAUGUAUGUGGAAUUUUUAGAAGGCUUGGGGUUUUUUUGGUGGGGUUUUUUGUUCAAUACAGGAUUUGGCUUUUUGUUUAAAAUAA